CGAUGACGGGCCUCCGCCGUGAGAUCGCGAAGCACGUCGUCCUCAACAUCCUGGAGACACUCAACGAGAACGACUUCGUGAACGUCUUCAACUUCAGCACGAACGCCACGGAGCUGGUGCCCUGCUUCAACGACACGCUCGUGCAGGCGAACCUGGAGAACAUCGGCGUCUUCAAGAAGGCCCUUUCCUCCGUGGAGACGAUGGAGAUUGCCAACUUCACGAAGGCGCUGACGAAGGCGUUCGAGCUCCUGCAGAGGAAAAACUCGAAGUACAACAAGAGCGGCCAGGGGUCCCAGUGCAACCAGGCCAUCAUGCUGGUCACCGACGGCGCCCCUUACAACUUCGAGGAGAUCUUCUCCAGGUACAACUGGCCCCACCUCCAGGUCCGCAUGUUCACCUACCUGAUCGGCCGCGAGGAAACCAAGAAGAGGGACCUCAAGUGGAUGGCUUGUGCCAACAAAGGUUACUUCGUACACGUGACGACCCUGGCUGAAGUGAGAGAGCAAGUGUUAAAAUACAUACCCGUGAUGGCGCGACCGAUGGUCAUGUAUCAGAAUAAACAUCCGCAUAUAUGGACCGGAGUGUAUGCAGAUAUAGCUGAUCCCAAACAGACCGACUGGCUUUGGGAACUGCGCGAGAGAAAGAGACAAAUGGACAGGACAAACAAUUAUAGAAAUCUCAAGAAGCGAGUCGAGAACAGACAGCUGCCUCACGAUUACAUUAUUCGCGAGAGUGAGAAAAUCGAGAAGUUUCUGGAAUACGGAGAGUUUGUACUGACGCCCAGAGACGCCGCGCGUAUGAAGGCUAAACAUAACAGGGAAGCGAGGGGUCGUCGAGGAGCGCCGGGACUACGCGAGGGAUACAGGCUUAUGACAUCUGUUUCUGUUCCUGUUUUCGACCGCAAGAAAACCUCAGUGAGGACAGCUAACCUGCUUGGAGUCGCUGGCACAGAUGUUCCGAUUCGAGAGAUCGAGAAGCUAGUGCCUCCGUACAAGCUGGGUGUCAAUGGCUACUCCUUCAUGGUAAACCAAAAUGGCUACGUUCUUUAUCAUCCUGACCUCCGACCGGUGCACGAAGAAGCAAAUGCUGAGGUACUGAGGAAGUCUCGAGAUAAGCGUAAAUGGUUCCAAGACAUCCUGAAGCCCAAUUACAACAGCGUCGAUUUCGCGGAGGUGGAGCUGAUCGACCAUGAUUCCGGUCCUCGGUCGAACAACUCGGAUCUACUGGAGCUGACAAAAGGGAGAGAUUAUAAUACCAAGCUUCGUCGUGACCUUAUUGAUCAGCGAGAACACGAGUCAAAUUUCUCCGUCAAAGUUCAUAUGGACAACAUGAAACGCGUCGUGACGAGGCAGCAGCGGUACUUCACUCAGAAGGUGAAAGGAACGCCCUUCAGCUUGGGGAUUGCCAUGCCUAUGGGCUAUGGCAAGUAUAAGGUGUACGGGCAGGUUGAGCUGUCCAGGGCAAUACAGGAUCCCAGAGGAGUGAAAGUAACUGAUUACUUCACCUCUGGGAACUGGUCAAUCCACCCCGAUUGGGUGUACUGUGAGUACAAGUAUGACCAGAACCGCCCUGACAUGACCCCUGAGGAGCUCAUGAUGGACUUCCUGACCCGUGCCCAGGAGCCCCGCUGGAAGUGGCGUUCCACCCGUACCCGCGCGCCCCCCGAGCCCUCCAUGACCAAACCCCAGUACAGCAGUUGGAAACCUGGUGUUGUAGAGAGCGAGAGGAAAGACAGCUAUUACUGCGACAAAGACUUGGUUCAAAGCAUGGUCUUCGAUGCACGCGCCACCAACGUCUAUACAGAGAGAACUAUCGAGGACAAGAUUGCCGAUGAACAUCGUGGACGCCAGAAUUUCGGCAUGACAACAGCGUUCGUGGCGACCAGGAGUGGCCUGACAAGAUGGGUCGACCUCACCAAGCUGAAGCCAGGGGACACUCCAGAGCCUUCGGAUGAACCGCCUCCUAACAUUAAAGUAUUCCAAAAAACUGCUCAGAAUCCCGAGGACGUCCUCGUAACAGCCACGCGCGCCAUCUUCAUCGAGGAGAACCGGCAUCGCAAGGCGCCGGCGGCCGUCGUGGGCGUCACGAUCAAGCACCAGAAGUUUGUGGAGUACUUCACCAAUGAGACAUAUAAGUGUCCUUCAUAUCCCUCGAGAGAUUCAAGCUGCAAGAAUGCAAAAACCUGCGAGAGUGUUUACCUGGACUGUUACCUCCUCGAUGACAAUGGUUUCAUUAUUGCAUCCGAGAAGAAUGAACACACAGGCAAGUUCUUCGGAACUCUGGAGGGCACUAUAAUGGAGUCGCUGGUCCAGAGUGAAGUUUACAGGAAGGUGAAAAUCUACGACUACCAGGCAGUGUGCUUGGAUAGUCAAACUGAGCCAAAUCCAGCUUCCAUUCUGCUGACGCCAGUACAAAUGCUGAAAUGGACAGCCAACUGGAUCAUGAGCAACAUCUUCUGGGUGUUGGUAAAGACACACCUCUACACCCUAUGGGACCCCAAUGAAGCCUGGGCCUACACGCACGGGGCUCGCGAGGACAUCUACCCAGACAUCAACAACCCACACAUGGAGCCAGUGGAUUACAAAGAGGUCUUCGAUGAAACUAUUGCAGAUUACUUUUCUGAUGAACCAGCACCAGAGGUUGCAAAAGAAUACCCGGCUGUUGAAGAAAAUGACCUACCAGAUUAUGAGCCAGGAGAGGAGGGGUCAGGUGAAGCAGGGUUAGAGGAAGAGGAAGACCAAAUUCUUGAGGGGUCAGGCAUGGAGGGCUCAGGGGAGGACCCCCCACCCGACACCAGCGAGGCAGACUUCGACGAUGGAAUAAAUGAAUCAGAACUCCUGGAAGAGAUAGAUAUAUUAUAUACAGACUUGGCUGAUGAAGAUGAGGAAGCCCUAUACACUGAUGAUCCCGAAGACGAUCGCCAGUACUCCGAGGAAUACGACCACCAGGCCGAGGACGGAGAUUUCCCCAGCCUUGAGCUUGCUUACAUCAAUAAGACCCAUCCCAGACCCUGUGACAAGGAAGUUGAACUGUACAAGUUGCAGAACCACAAACUUCAAACAGAUGGGAACUACAAGCCUGUGAAGGGCAAGCUGUCCAAUUGCCAUCCCAAUGGCUGUGGAAGGCAUUUCAGCGUACAGAAGGUUGUCUCCACCAACCUCAUUCUGGUUGCCGUCAACAACCUCUGCUCCUGUGACUCCAGAAGGGUGGACAUUGAGCCAGUAGAGGUUGAAUAUAAUGAGACCAUGUUGUGCAACCGCCUGCUCCUCCAUCACUACCGAAAUCGACCAGGGCACUGCUUCAACUACCAUCCUGAAGAACACGAGAUCAAGCAGUGUGGAGGAGCUGGCUCUCUCACCCUUCCAUCAGCGGCCAUGUUAACACUGCUGGUGCUGGCACAUGUGUGUAAUACCCUCAAGCUCCACUCGUGAUAGUUGUGUUGACUACAGUAGCAAAGGCAUGUGGAGGAAAACAAAAUCAAUGGUGUUAUGUCGAAGUAGUGUUUCAUUUGCUUCGUUUAGUAUUAAAUAUAUUGGUCUACAUUGUGAUCUAGGGAAGGGGAGAGAAUUUUUUGUGUAUUGAGAGCUUUUUUUAACUAGUUGUGCAAGGAUGAGUAUUUGAGAGGUUGAACUCUGAAUAUGAAUAAAUCUGUUAUAAGACCUACUUAAUACUCUCUUUAUAUAGGGGACAUUUCCUCUUUCUCGUGUGUACAUACUGUGUGAUUUUCUUAUGGAUAUACCAGAAGGUGCAGUCUGUCAGGAAACAACACUCCUAUCUUAUAAUAGCCAGAGUCUGAAAAGUUUGUUUCUGAACAUAGCAGACUGAAUGUUAAGAGAUAAGGGCUUCGUUCAACCAAAAUAUAUCCUAGAGUUUUUAGAAUAUUCUUCACCAGCGAUCAAGUGCAUCCAUGACAAGAAGAGAAAGCAGAAAAUGGCAAGGCAAGAUACUGCAGUUGUUCCAGGGAAAUCUCAAUUGGCUCUUCCCACAUGGAUGAGAACCCCUAUUUUGAACUGCUUAAGUGACCCAGUCCAGUGUUGACUUGUAAAGAAGAGACAAUACAGUUUUUUUUCUCUCUCUCUCACUCUGGGAGUGUAUAAGAAUGCUCCUCUUUUCCAGGCAUGACACCCCUAACCCACCUUUAGCAUAAGGUUUAAAAUUCUUCAGUCUUACCUUGUGCUGCUGGACCUUGCGAAGAGGGUCGGUGACACACUCUUCGGCUGGAAUGUUUAAGAGGAAAUCCUUUUUGGAAAAAGUGUUAUAAAAAAAAAAAAGACAGCAGAGUCAAUACUGAAUUGGGAAAACAUACUCAUAAGGAAAAUAAUGAUGAUGUGAGUUUUUUAUCUUUGUACAUAUAUCAAAUCAGUGAUGAUUGGUUGGUUUGUGUAAUCAUUGUGUUUCUAUGGACAAUACUAAAAUAUCAAUGCUCCUAUAUUACUAAGAUAAAUAAGAACCUCAUUACGUUCUAAACCCUCACUUUAUUUUAGUCACUGUAUUUUUCUCAUUAUUUUUGACACCUGAUUCAUGUUUUAUAUAGUACCAAAAAAGGUCUUUUUUGCUAAUAUCAAAUCUUAUGAAAAGUAAUAUUACAAACUUCAAUGAGGUAUUCAAAUGGAGAGUACUAUAUUUAUUAAAAAAUAAACUUAUAUGUAGCGUAGAUCUAUCAGAUAAUUUUACUAGACAUUUUGGCUCAUAGAUAAAUAGUAAUCUUCAUUUUUUACAAGAUGAGUUCAUGCCAUUUUAUGUUUUGUGAUUAGAGUUUAGGAAUUUUUACCGAUAGGAAAUCGUAGCGAGAUUCCCAGGUGAAGAAUAUUUACCAAAAAUAAGAAUCCAUAUCAAGGGAGUGGCAUAUCACUCGGGUAAUUUACACUUGUUAUACUUUAUACUUUUUAUUCUUACCUCAAGAAGGUAAUAUCAACUCAAUUGUGAUGUUUAUUCUUUAUUGUUAUUAGUGGUUUAAUAUUUUUUCUUUGAUCCAAGACAUAUAAAUAUAUAUAUAGAUAUAUACAACAGUAUUAGGGGCUUGAUGCCUCAGCUGUGAUGACGUGUAAUUUCUGCUACAGUAGGAUGGUCUUGUUAUCGCUUGAAUAGCAGUACAGUGUCUUUAGGGAUGUUUGUACAGCUGAUUUUAUGGCCCCGGAAAAUAAGAAACAAAAAGUUUUAGAGAUUAAGACAUGACUCUUAAAUCUUUUAGAUGAAUUUUUAAAAUUUCAAUAAAGUUAAGCUGAAGGGUAAUAUAAUUACAAUUACAGAAUUGGAGAGGGAGUGAAAAAAGAAAAAAAAAGAAAAGUGUGGGAGGAAAUUAGUAUGCUAAAUUAUUUAAACAUUAUCAUAAUGAGAUCUGGCACAAGAACUCAAAAAAAAACCUUGUUACCUAACAUAGAUUAAUACGUUAGUUUAUCAGCUCUUCUAACAGUCCCUGAAGAUGGUGUCUUGCUACCAUCUCUUAGUUUUCAAAGAGGCAUUGGCAUGACAAAGUUUUGUUUAGAAUUAGCAAACAUUUGGUAUCACAUUUAUUACACUUAAAAGGAAGAUACUAUUAGAUUGAAGGUUAAUAAUUUUCAGAUAUGUAAAUAUUCAUCAUGAUGUGCUAUACAUGUACUGUUGUAGUCGCAUGGUAAACUGGAGUCCAUAAUUCGAAACUAGAAGAUAUUUAAGGAUAUUUAAAAAAAAAAAAAAGAAUCAAGAUGGUUUUAUUCCAUGUGGAUAAUUACAUACUCUUAGUAACCCAUUGUACAUGUAAAUUACUGUACGGUAUUGUUUUUCUGAUCUUAUAACUUGUACUUGUUGUCAAGUUUCUACUGGAUGAUAGCCCGGUUGCUGGAGAAUUGCAUAUACAUAUUCAGCAAGAAGAGUAACGGACUUCACACUGCGUCAUCUUAAAACCAGUCACAGGCAGCUCAGACUCCUGGUUUGGUCAAUCCACGUUCAUGCUCACCUACGAGAACUUGAAUGCCGUUAUUCUUCCCAUAGAGAUAUGUUAUGCUCUUUUCUCUACCUGUUGUGGAUUGCAGAUAAAUGUAGUUGCGUUAUGAGAGAAAAUUAUUCAGUUAUUAUGUUCAUCGGGUGAAUGAUCCGAUGUGAAAUUAGGGCAAAUAAUUCAAGCUUCGCUGCAGUUUUAUGUCAAAUGGCCAUUAGAGAUUAAAAAAAAAAUUUGAAGUUCGUCAAGGUGAAAGGCGGCAUUUUAACUGGUAAUCAUAAACAUUCAUGAAGUAUUUUGCUUAUAAUCUGCAGCCAAGUGUCUUUCAAUUGAUAAUGUGUACAUGCUGUAGCAGUUUAUUGAUGUGCAUACUUCUGUGUAUGAUUAUAUGGCAUAACGAUAGUCCUUUGUUGAGCAUAUUGUGCAUGUAUUCUUAGUACAUAUAUUGUUUUCAUGGUGCACAUAUUUGAUCCUACUGUUUCCUGUUUGUUGUUAUUUUCUAGUUAGUAUAUAUUGUGCAUCUCCACUUUCACUUGAUCAUAACUUACCCAUUUAAUUACAGGAUGCACAUUGGAAAAAUUGUUAGAGUUAUGUCCACUCUCAGUUAACCGCAGUGUAUGUACCGCAACCUGAUUAGUACAUACUUUUAUUAUUUGUCCUGUUUCGACAUAUUUAAAUGUAUACCUGCUGUUUCUUUUUAAGGAUUUUGUGUCACAAUAGCGACCAUAUUUCUGGCUGCCAGGUGAUAAUGCAGGUGUAGAUAUAAUCAUUUAUAUAUUAUCAUUUGUAGACCAUAGGUGAAAAUUGUCAACUACGGGCUUGUGUGCACUGUAAACUUCUUGAAUCUUUGUUCUUGUGGUAUUUCUCCCGUGGAUUUUCUUUCUCAUCUCUUUCAUGUGGGUUCCUUCUCUAUAAACUGCAUAAUAUGGAAAUGAUCCCUGUAGGUAAUUGAUGAGUAGUGGAGAAAUUUUGCUAAUACAGAAAUUACUGAUGCUUUAUAUAGAACUGUGUAUGUCUCCACUUUUAGCGAGGAACUUUGCCUUCCGGCCAAGUUUCCGCGUCUGAAGUUGGCAAUCAGUUAUAAUACUGUGAGGAAAUUAGGAAGAUUUAGUAAACCAAGGAAUGUUUAGAAUACCUUCCAUGCAAUUAUUUCAUGGUACCAUACUUCAGAAUUUAUUUAUAUAGGGAAAUGCUACCUUGUAUUAUGACAGAAUCCCUGCAUUGUAAUUCAUUUCAUAAUGGGCAAUUUUAGGUACUAUAUCAGUUAAGGGCCAAGUUAAGAAGGGCGAGAGGUCUCCCAGACUGUGGACCAACCAGCACCCCGCACCAAUUAGAGUCUUGUCCUCAACCCACCAGGAACUCACACCAACCACGUCUUGCAGACCUAUAUAUCAUUACCUUUUUAUAGAAAGCAUUCCAGGCAUGUUUGUUCUGCUGUCACUGUUUUGGAAUGCAGCUAAAGCAUUGGGGCUUUGAUUCAGGUUUGGAGAAGAUGGCUAAUCUUUCAUAACACUAUGAUUGAAUAAAACACACACACACACACACACACACACACACACACACACACACACACACACACACACACACACACACACACACACACACACACACACACACACACAUUCUCUAUCUGAAUCAAUCCCUGUUCCGUCACUAAAGAAAAAAGUUCCUCAAAACAACAGAGUGUGCUUUAACUCUCUUGGUCAUAUCUUGUAUUGGAAAGCUCUUGUAUGACAUCUAUACUUUCCAACUAAGGCUUUUAAAAGCUGGUGCUUUAAGAGGUUAUCAGGACAAGUUAUUUUUUUGUCAUUGAUUUUCCUCGACAAUAUUCCUCAGGCUGUGUGUUUGGGCCUUACCCAGAAGCACACAGAAGGGGGAUGGUAAGUCAUCAUGUUCAGCGACGAACUCUUCAAGAAUCAAGUUUUGAACACCUUACAGUAUCAAGUAGUAUUUAAAAAGGAUUUAUUGGGAAAAAAUUUUAAAUUAUGCUUAUGAAUGAACUAGGACUGAAAAAGUGAAUGGAUUAUAAUCCUUUAGAUUUGUCUUGAGAAAAGCAGGUAAACCUAAUGAUUGUUUCAUAUUUGUUAGAUGUUUUCUCACCAUUCUUAAAUUGAAUGUAAAGGAAUUACCAUCCCUCAUUAGUCAUGCAUUGUCCAUAUAGUGGCCGUAGCCAGAAAGAUUCAUGUGAGAUGACUGUCCAAAAGUAAUGUAAAGAUAUAUUUUUGAAGAAGAUACUAGUGUAAGGAUAAUGUAAGUUUUUAUUUCACUUUUUUUCUCCAAACUGAGCACAUUCGCACGACAAAAGUCCACUAAUUAACAAAGCACUAAAUCUGAACUAAUCCUUGAAGCAAAUGCACCGAUCCUCUCCAGGUCUGUAUAGAUCAUCCUGCACGAGUCAGCUCCGAGUUCGUAGAGAGAGCACACACCCCAAGACGGUGCCGAGGAAGCAUCCGUCACACAUCAAGUGAGGGGAGACCUUUCGCCCUGGGGUCAUUAGUGAGGGGAAGCUGAUGACCUGUAUCCGCGGGUCAGCUUAGGUCAGGUACAGGAGAACCACCUGCUCAACUCCAUCAGAAAUUUUUGAAAUACUAUGUGAUGAAACGCCAUUUCAAUGGAUUUUUUAGGUCAUUCGCAAAUAAUGUAACCUGCAUAAUAAACUUUAAAAAAAGAAUCUCAGAGCAAUGAUAUUUUUUCAAAGACAAACUUCUAGCUCCUGGUUUCUGAAGCAGGGAUGAAUAAUGAUUUUUUUUUGUUUUGUUUUUUAACCAAAUGUUUAAUAAUGCUUUGGGGGCAGUGAGUCAAAUGGUUCAGUGGGCCUGAUCUCUGACCCGUAGCCGGGAGAACAGUGACCUGAACGUCUUGCUGUUGUCUGACCAGCGCUGCCUGAGGUAAGCUCAGCGGGAAUGUAGGAGUAGAGUGGAGUCUUGUAGGUCAAUAUUACUUGCCUUGCAGGUCACGCACACCUGUGUCCACCCAUGUAGCUCUCUUGCAAGGUCAUUGGCUUGUCUUUCAUCAGCCUUUGACUCUUUUUUUUUUUCUCUUUUUUUGGCAGUCAAACAGGCAAGAUGUUGAUAAUAUAUAGAUCAUAGAUAAUGCGUCCCGUGUUAAUGUCGUAAUUACUACCACAGAAGUAUACUAUAUAUGCUGUGACUGUAAUGAUCUUAUAGUUACUCAGCUUUCAUGAUGUAGUCACUUCCCACCUACAGAUUGUGUCAUGUUGAUUCAUAAAGAAAUACAAGUACUGAAGGUUUCCCUUUGAGAAUGUGUUUUAGAAACAAGUCUCCACAAAAGAGAUGAAUUUUAGCAUCAUCGAGAUCAAAUAAAUUCAAUAUGAUAGAAAGGCCAUAGACAGAGCCGGCUGGUCGAAGCACUUGGCUACUCAAGACGCGUGAUAUUAACCCUCAAUACUCGACUUUCAGCAUUAACUGUAUAGAGCGGGCAUCCAAGUGAGUAGGUCACACUAUAAACAUUGUGUAGCUAUUUUUCACAAGUGCGACAUCAAGUAUAACAAAGAGGAGUCUUUUUGUGGGAAUGGCUGCAAUCUGUUGAAGACAGAAGAGGAAGAAAUAUAAAAAAUUCGAUUUCACUUUCAUAGAGCGGAUCUAAAAAGCCUCCACACACUGUGAGGUUGUUUUUGGUGAAGACAAUAUGGAUAACAAUCGCUUCAUUCUUUUAUGUCCGCGGAGGUUGCCGAAUACAACCAAGAGGUCUGUACGCCCAAGGGAUGUAUUAUGAAAGUCUUUCCGGCCAUAAAAAGUGUUUUGAGCAGUUUGCACAUUUUAGCCAACAAAAAUGCGCCUUAGGUCAGGUAGUCACAAUUCCCAGGCGGUGCUCGAUAGUAACCUUCUCUUCUUUGACUAUCUCGGCCGAGUUGGAUACAAGGAACACAGUCUUUUCAUUCUCAAUUCAUCUCCAUUUGUUCAUGGAUGAAUCAGGGGGUGGGAUCAGGUAGAAAAAUAUAAAAAUAUAUAUAUAUACAUAUAUGAUAACCAAAUACAGUAAAAAAAAUAAAAAAUAAAAAAGAAAUGAACUCAUUGCUUAAAAAAAGUGUAACCAAUGUGUAUUAAGUGUUCAUCUGUUUCUCAUUAAGAUGGAGAUGUGUGGUUUUGUAUAACCGACCUUUCUAAUUCCAGUAAAUGACUUUUUGUGUCCUGGAAAUGAGUGUUCCUGUUGUUCCAGUACCGGCGUGGCUUUGAAUUGUCCCGGCUUCUCUUGUUUGUCGAUGUUGCCUCGGUGUCUGAGUGCUCUGUUUAUGUUCGCCAUUUUCAAUUUCAUUUUCUAUUGAACUCCUCCGCCUCCGACCUCCCACUCCCACUCCCUCCAUUUGCAAGAACUACAGACACGUACACUCACGAUAACUAUUUUAUUUUGUGUUGAAUGCUUCUGUUUACAUGUGCGAAAUUAUAUAUAUAUAUAUAAUCUCAAAAACUCUUUGUCUUCCAAGCACAUGAUAACACGUCAUUACUUCCCACACCUUACACUGAAGACAGCGUAUCCAGAACCCAGAAUUGAACUUCAAAGGAGUGUUUCUAUGGAGUCAUCAACAAAUAUUUUUUACAAAUUACGAGCCACUAAUCGUGUCUUAAAACCAUUUUGAUAUUUUGAUAAUGCACCGAGGGAGAGCUAGAUCAUUAGUUAACAAACUAAGAUGAAAGGACCCAGUGAAUCCUCAUGGUCAUUGUUUUAAAGAUUGAAAUUAGUAAUGAUAAUGCCAGUCAUUAAAUAAAGGGUACUCAUCAUUUAAGAGUCAAUUUUUCAAAAAAAUAAUGAUAAUAAUCGGCCAUGUUUACUAAAUCCAUCCACGAGGAAAAUAUAUUUCACUGGCAUCCUUUCAGAACAAAAGAAUUAAAAAAAAAGCGAGAGAGAGAAAAAAGUCCCCGCAUUUCAUUCACCCCCCCACACCCCACCCACCACCACCCACCCACACCCCUUUUUUUUGUGCGUGUAUAAAAGUCCGUAAGUUGAUGACGCCACAACACCCAAGCACCACCUGCCCACAACACACUCCCCCACACACACGCCCACACCCACACACGCCCUCAGAGCACUCUAUCACCGACCCCGGCAUGGCUUCGUAGCUGAACUUUCAGGUGACAUGUUCUUCUAACCUCCCUGCGUAACGGUUUCUUCCAUGCGACGCCUUCACUCCUCACGAGAGUUUAUUUGUAUCUUGAGGACACAAUAAAAUGUUAAUUGUC